UAAAUUUGGAUUGGAUUUUUGUCUGCCUCAUUCACUGUCUCAUAUAUCUCUCUCUCUCCUCCUGCUUCUAGUUUUUCCCACUAAACCCCAUUUGUCCGAACGUUUAUUGAGCUAUUCAAAGCUAAUCCCCCCACUAAUCACUCACUCCUAGUACCACUGUUGCUUCCUUCUAGGGCAUCAGGCCCAACAUUGUUUCCACCCUGCUGUAACCCAUAACCUCAAAAACACUCUCUCUAACUUAAAAAAACUAAAAAAAACUUUAAACUGAACAAGAAGCUAAAAUAUACCCUAAAAAUGGCUUACUUCUCUUGCUUUCAAACCCUUGUUCUUGUUCUUCUACUCUUCACUUGUAGAGGUGCAUGGUCUGCUACGUUUUCAUUCGUCAACAAAUGUGAUUACACUGUCUGGCCAGGAAUUCUUGCUAAUGCUGGCAGUCCUAGACUCGACAGCACCGGAUUUGAACUUCCCGGAGACACUUCCCGUUCUUUUCAAGCUCCAACCGGCUGGUCUGGCCGUUUCUGGGCCCGAACCGGCUGUACAUUUGAUGAUUCCGGAUCUGGAUCCUGUCUCACCGGUGACUGCGGGUCGGGGCUUGUAGAAUGUAACGGGCUCGGAGCUGCACCGCCUGCCACUCUGGCGGAGUUUACUCUUGGGACUGGUGGGCAGGAUUUUUAUGACGUCAGCCUUGUAGAUGGGUAUAAUCUGCCUAUGCUUGUGGAAGGAAGUGGCGGGUCGGGCAUGUGUGCUUCGACGGGUUGCUCCGCGGAUCUUAACAGGCAGUGUCCGGCUGAGUUGAAAGUGGGUGAAGGAGACGCGUGUAAGAGCGCGUGUGAGGCGUUUGGGAGUCCGGAGUAUUGCUGUAGCGGCGCGUUUAAUACACCUACCACUUGUAAACCGUCGGUUUACUCGGAAAUGUUUAAGUCCGUUUGUCCGAGAUCGUAUAGUUAUGCUUAUGAUGAUGCUACUAGUACUUUUACCUGCACUGGUGCUGAUUAUACGGUGACGUUUUGCCCUUCCUCUCCAAGUCAAAAAUCUUCAAGCUAUCCAACACCAACUACAGCAGCAUCAACAACACCAGAAGUUGAAGGAGAGGGGUCUUUAACUGGAUCAGGAUCACCAUCAGGAUCAGGGGAGACAGGUUCAAUUCCUGGUUCAAAUUAUGGCUCUGGGUCAGUGACCGGAUCCGAUUCCGGUGGUUCCGGGGAAGCCGUUCUAGCGGACGGAUCGUGGCUAGCCGGUUUAGCAAUGGGGGAUUCUCACAGGACAGUGCAAUCUGCAAUUGUGGCCUCUGCUACAGCCUUUUCUCUUAUUGUUUGUUUUGUUUACUUGUAGCACUAAAUUUUCUAUUUUUCCACUUUUGUUUUUUUUAAUAUAAUUUUGGUGGGUGGCUUUUGCUGUUUAAUGUGAAUUGUUUUCCAGAUUUGCGGCCUCUUGAUUAGGAUUUUGGCUUUGUUAGGUUAGCUGACAAGAUUCUUUUCUUUUGUGGACUUAAAAAAGCUAGAGAUCAAGAAUGAAGUUGUUUCUUGGUUUUGGUAUGUAUUUUUUUACUUUUUGGAUUUAGGGUUUUGGUUUCUUGAUUGUAAAAAAAUGGGAUGUGCAAUGUGAAUAUAUGAGUAGGAUUGGUUAAAAGUUUUAGGGUUUUAACUUU